GUAACCGACAUGUACACCUCCUGGUCUGGUUAUUCCCGUAAUUGAUAUCUAUAAAUGGGUUAUUAUCUGGAGUGUGAUAUCGUUUGUCUCAGGAUGGCGUUUGUCGGUUUGACGGUGGGCUAGAAUUGAUUACUGGUGGAUGUGGGUGGAAGAAUGGAGCAAGAAAAAAAAUGAAAUGGAACUACAACGGACAGUACAAACAGAACACAAGUGUAAACAUUUUCUUUACUUUUUACCAACUGAUCGUUAUAUUUGAACGCUUAAUUAUUGCAAAAUGAGACUUCCCUUACGAUUGCCCUUAUCGCCAUUUUAUCCUUAUCACGCUGGGCCUGAUAAUUUGAAGCACAAUAAAUCAAAUCCAAACACAUACUUUCCAAAAUCCUCGGACGUUUCACUAUCGCGUAGAUUAUCAGGCAGCGUGACGCGGCUCGAGUCGAUCAGGGGUUUUUUUUUGUUGUUGGGUGUCGUAACCAUCGGGUGCCGCCAUAUAUAAUGCACCCGUUUGGCUAUCGGGAAGACCAUCCGUCGUCUAACCGUCUCUGCAAAAUGUUCCGUCUUAGCGUUCUGCUGACCAUCUGUCUGGCCGCAACGGCCCUCGGCAACGUACUGUCGCCCGAGUACUACGAAUGGGCCGGCCGUAUCGUUGGUGGCCAGAACGCUGGAACGAACCAGUUCCCGUACCAGGUGUCGCUGCGCUCCUCCGGCAACUCGCACUUCUGCGGUGGCUCGAUCAUUAACAACCGCUACGUGCUGUCGGCUGCUCACUGCACGAUCGGCCGUACCACCGCCAACACCAUCUCGGUGGUCGGUGCUAUCUUCCUGAACGGAGGCGGUAUUGCGCACAGCACUGCCCGCAUCGUCAACCAUCCGAGCUACAACGCCAACACGCUGGCCAACGAUGUGUCGCUGGUGCAGACCGCCACCUUCAUCACGUACACUGCCGCCGUGCAGCCGAUCGCCCUCGGAACGAACUUCGUCACCGGUGGUGGAGCCGUCGCUUCCGGCUGGGGUCAGCUUGGAGCCAACAUCGGUAUCCCGAACCAUCUCCAGUUCCUGAACACCCAGAUCAUCACGCUGGCUGACUGCCGCAACCGUCACACCGCAGCCAACGCUGGCCGCGUCUUCGACUCGACCGUCUGUACGCUGAGCCCGUCCGGCCAGGGCAUGUGCAUGGGUGACUCCGGCGGCCCGCUGGUGCAGGGCGGUGCCCUCCACGGUAUUGUCUCGUGGGGUAUCCCGUGCGGUCUCGGCAUGCCCGACGUGUUCGCUCGCGUCUCGUCCUUCGUCGGCUGGAUCAAUGCCAACGCUGUCGUAGGACUGACCAUCCUGCUAAAGGCAAUCCGUAAGUCAUUGAAAGCCAAGCCCACUAGUGGUACAGUGGCCGUCAGUGGUGAGUCGGCGACUUCGGAUCCGCUCUACCAGCAGUGGAAGGGUCGGAUCGUCGGUGGCACUUACGCACGUGAUGGAGACUUCCCGUAUCAGGCCUCGUUCCGCACGCUGGACGGUAUGCAUAUCUGUGGUGGUGCCGUGCUGAACCAGCAGUGGGUCAUUACGGCCGCUUCGUGCCUGUUUGGCCGUUCGACUGCGGACACGCGCGUCGUGGUGGGAGCCUACCGGCUGAGCCAGGGUGGCUUCAAUCUCGGCCUGCGACGCAUCGUCAUCCAUCCCAACUUUGCAUCGGCCACGCUGGCCAACGACGUUGCGGUGGCUCGUGUGGCACAGCAGAUGGUGCUGAGUGAUGCCGUGCAGGGUGUGCAGCUUGGCUCGUACAACAUUAACGUGGCCUACGGAGCCCUUGUGUCCGGUUGGGGUCGUACCGAGUUCUCCAACCCCCAGUUCCCGGACAACUUGCAGUACAUUGCGGUAAACGUGAUCUCGCAGCUGGAAUGCCGCGCACGGUUCGCUGCACCGUACGAUGCACGGAUCUACGAUUCGACCAUGUGCAGCAGCAGCCCGGUCGGCCAGGGCACGUGCCUCGGAGAUGCGGGCAGUCCAUUGAUCCACGGUGCCGAACUGCACGGCAUCGUUUCGUGGGGCAUUCCGUGCGACGCAGCGCUUCGUACAGCGGAUUGGGAGGGACGUAUUGUCAAUGGUUUGAACGCGGUUUCGGGCCAGUUCCCGUACCAGGUGUCGCUGACAUCGGCGACGUACCAGCACUUCUGCGGCGGUGCCAUCAUCGGCAACCACUGGAUCCUGACGGCAGCCCACUGUCUCACCGGCCGCAAACCGGCGGAAGUGAUCGCCGUGGUCGGUGCGCUGACGAGUGCGCGCGGUGGCUACAACUACGACGUGGAGCAGUUCAUACUGCACCCGAACUUCAACGAGUGGACGCAGCAGAACGAUAUCGCGCUCGUGCGCACCAAGUGGUCGAUCAGCUUCAAUACGGCGGUGUUCCCGGUGAAGAUGGCCCGCACGUACACGCCGGCCAAUCGGGCCGUGCUCGCAUCCGGAUGGGGUUUGACCACGCUGAGCGUACCGAAACCGGCCGACCGGCUGCAGUACGUGGCGCUGCGUACGAUCAGCAACGAGGAUUGCUCGGAGCGGUUCCGCAAGCUGCAGAAUCGUGCCAUCACACCGAGCAUUCUUUGCACGUUCAGCCGCAACGAGCAGGGCACUUGCAUGGGCGAUUCGGGCGGCCCGCUGGUUGAGGAUGGCGAGCUCGUUGGCAUCGUGUCGUGGGGCAUUCCCUGUGCCGUCGGCUAUCCGGAUGUGUAUGUGCGUGUUUCAUCGUUCCGCGCCUGGAUCGGUGCAGUCACCGGAGUGUACUGAGCGAGCGACAGGACAGGCGAAGGCAAGCGCGAUUAAAGCAUGACGACAAAUAAAUCAACGAAUCGUUUCGUUUC